AUGGCUGCUUUCGGUUUUCUACGCUUGUUGGCGUUGGUCUACCCGAUCUUCGCGAUCCGUGAAGCCGUGGAGAAGGAGAAUCUCGCACUGCGAGUAGGCAACACGAUCAAAUUUCACAUCAUGGUGAAGGACUGCGGCAGUUGUAGCAUUUUUGGGACGGAUAAGCGCCGGGUGACACUGAAAAUCAAGGACACAAGGUCGGAAGGACAUCCUGAAUGGUCUUUUGAUUACUACUUGCUCAACAUGGACGAUGUAAAGGAGUUUUUUCACAUCGACCAUCUUUACGGUGUUGAUCCGGAAGCAGAGCUCCAGGCGACGUUGGAGGUGAAGCAACAGUACUUCGUGGAGGCACUGGGCUAUGCUUCUUGUGGCACCGCCACCAAGAGGAUAACAUUCGAUGAAGUGGGUCCGAUUCAUCCGAUUCCUGCAGCCGUAGUGCCCUUCGACAAGGCUAAGCGUGCCGGGUUUUAUCAAUUGGCUACUCUCCAGCUCAGCAUGGAGGUUGCGAAGGAGACGGACGCUCCCAAGGAGCGAAUGAUCAUCAGCGAUCCAGAUGCUGGCAAGGUCCGUGCACGUGAACUUGCGGUGGACAAGGAAGUCGAGUCGGUUAUGACUGAGAGCACAACACCUACCACCACCACAACAGUUCUGGACCUGGAAGUGGAGAAGGAAGUCGAGUCGGUUCUUGCAACGUUCACAACUACAACCUCGACCACGGCUCUCGACGACGACUUCCAUGCACCUCCGGUUUCUACAGGUUCUGAAGCCGUGGCAGUCGAGGAGCACGAUGAGGAGGAAGAGCAUGGGGAGGACACGACAGUGGAAAACGUUGUCGACGAUGUGAAGGAGAAGGCCAUGGCGAAGCAGGUCAAUUGCAAGAAGUGCAUCUUCCGCCUGGGAAUUGGCCUGGAGGGUCUGCGAGCCUACCAGCUGCAAGGUGUGAUCGAUGCGCUCUGUGACGCGGAGGAUUGCAGCUCCGAGUGCAAGGGCGCCUACGGCGGCCUGGAUCUCACAUGCGAGCAGGACGAGGCUGCAGUGAAACUUAUGAAGCGGGCGCUCAUUACGAACAUCGUGAAGAUGGAGAUGGAGGAAAGGAAGAUCAAGAAAGCCACAAGUCCUCAGGAUCAGCAGAAGCUCGAGCUCGCGGAACGGGCAAGUGCAAGGGAGGGCAACGAUCUUCCGGCCAAUUCUCCUAUGGUCCUGGCGACACAGGCUUGUGGUGGAGGUCCGGGCGAAGAGGCAGCGUGGUCAAGGUCGGAGCUAGUGAGAGCAGCCGGAGGCUCCAGCAAGAAGGGCAAGGAUAAGGUGGCCAAGAGGUACCUGGAGGGCACCUGCAAAGAGCGGUCGAAGAAGAUCCCAGUCGGUGGCUACAAGUGCUCAGCGGUGUACACCUCGCUGAUGGGUGUGAAGAACAAGGAGAAGCGCGGCAACUGCGACUUCACCCGAUACUUGAAGCACAUGGCGAAGAACAACUUUGUUGAAGGCUGCCCCGAGGGACUCUGGCGCAUCUGCGAGGAUGGGGAGAGGUGCCAAGGGACCCGGUCCACCUACGCCUUGUGCGUGGCCACGGAGGUCUAA